AUGGAUCCAAACUUAUUUGGAGGAGUCCCCAGGUUUCUCACCCGUCCAAAGGCGUCGUUCUCAGUGUGUGUAGGCAAGGAUGCCACGCUGAGCUGCACCAUCGUGGGCAGCCCAACCCCGCUGAUCACCUGGGAAAAGGAGAAGCUGAAGCUGACAUCUGGGGGACGCUUUAAGACUGUGGAGGAUGGAAAUGUGUACCGCCUAACCAUCUAUGACUUAACACUGGAGGACAGUGGCCAGUACAUGUGCCGGGCCAAAAACAAUGUUGGGGAAGCUUAUGCCGCCGUAACCCUUAAAGUGGCUCUGCCAACAGAGAUGACCCAGAGGGCUCCUGGUUUUCUAGUUAAGCCGACCUCUGCACGUGUAGUCUUGGGAGAUGAUGUUGUUUUCCUCUGCCGGGUUUCAGCUCACCCUGAAGUCAACUUUGAUUGGGAGAAAGAUGGGCGCUACAUAGGGGAGAGUAACCGUAUCAAGAUUGUUUCUGACAACGACAGCAGCACCCUAAGGAUCCAAAGUGUACGUAACCUAGACGGCGGCACCUACACCUGCAGGGCCCAGAACACUGUUGGUCGUGCACAUGUUUCAGCAGCUCUUGCUGUGGAUGCUCAGGAUUCCCGCCACCUGGCUGCAGAUAAAAACACGUCCCUUCUUUCUCACCUACAAAAGCGCAAAGAGGAGAUGAAGAAGGACAUCUCAAUCUAUCGCACAGAGGAAAGCAGCUCCACAGUUUCUUCAUCCUCCUCAACAAGCAUCAGAGAUGGUUUGAGUAUGGAACAUGAGCUGAGGGCAUCCGCACUGGCAAAGCUGCCCAAAGGUGUGUUUACUCGUACCUGCACAGUGACUGAGGGCAAGCAUGCCAAACUUAGCUGCUUUGUGACAGGUCACCCUAAACCCCACAUUAUCUGGAGAAAGGAUGGAUCAAACAUCAGUGAGGGCCGCAGGCAUGUCAUUUAUGAGGACCAAGCUGAGAACUUCAUCCUCAAGAUCCUGUACUGCAAGCAGACUGAUAAUGGUCUCUACACCUGCAAUGCCACCAAUAUGGCUGGGCAGACCUACAGUGCUGUGUUGGUAACAGUCAAAGAGCCGAAGGUUCCUUUCAGAAGGAAGCUGCAGGAUGUGGAGGUACAAGAGAAAGCUUCAGCUACACUGCUGUGUGAGGUACCUGUUAGUUCCACCCAGGCCAACUGGUUCAUGGAGGAAACGCGGCUGGAGCAGAGUAUCAAAUAUAACAUGGCGCAGGAAGGCACUCUGCGUCGUCUCACCAUACACAACGUCACCACAAAUGAUGACGGUGUUUAUAUCUGCGAGAUGAAGGAGGGCAGUCGCACUGUGGCUGAGCUAACUGUCCUGGGCAACAUCACGAAGAAGCUUCCCCGAAGGACAGUGGUUCCCGUCAGUGAUACAGUCAUCUUCUGUGUGGAGCUUGAGCAUCCCUGCAAGGACGCCUACUGGACCCGCAAUGGCGAAAAGCUCAAGGAAGAUUCACGAAUUUCCAUUGCCUGUGUGCUCAGACAGUACACACUAACCAUUAGAGAUUGCCAGGCAGAUGACUCAGGAGAAGUGGCUUUUGUGGCUGGAGACUGCAAGACUUCCACUCGAUUCUCUGUCACUGCUGCAAGAAAGCAUCCUCCCGAUCCCCCAGUCGAUGCCGUGGUGCAGAACAAGACUGACUCAUCCAUCACUCUUCAGUGGUCUCCUCCUGACAGUGACCGCCCUGUACCCAUCAAGGGCUAUAUUGUGGAGAGGAGGAAGGUUGGCACUCAGACAUGGCAGAGAUGCAGUGUUGGAGAAAGCCUUGUUUCAACGGAGAUCACCAUCAGCAAGUUCACAGAAGAAGCAAGCUACCAAUUCCGUAUCUCUGCUAUGAAUGACUUUGGCCAGAGUGCUUACCUGGAGGUGCCUGGAAGCUUCUACUUGGAACCCAGUGCUGAAGUCAGGAAAGGCUUGAUGAACAGCACUGCAAUCAAUGCAGAGGAGUUCUCCAUCUCUGUGGAGCUGUCCGCUGUUUGUUCUGGAUUCUGGUCUCUAAACGGCCGUCUCCUGCGCAGCGGAGGCGACUACCUCAUCACCAGGUCCAAAAACACACACACUCUGCUCAUCCGUGUCGUGACCAUGGAAAUGAAUGGAGCUGAAGUCAAGUUUGUGGGUGGAGGCUCGCAAAGCAGUUGCAUCCUGUCUGUGAAAGCUCCUUCUGUUAGGUUCACUAACAAGUUAGCUCAGCUCGGGAUGGUAACCUGCAGUGCCCAAGAAACUGCUCAACUGACUGCUGAGGUGUCGGAUUAUGAUACACAGGUGGUUUGGAUGAAGAAUGGGCGAGAGCUGAAAAUGGGAAAGAAGUAUGAAUAUCUGAUUGUAGACCGUAAGAGGACUCUGAUGGUGCACAAUGUUACAGAGGAAGACGUGGGCAUCUACGAGUGUGUUUUAGCUGAUGACAAAAUGUCCCUGCAACUUGCUCUUAAAGACGAACCUGCCAAAUUUCUGAACAAAGCCCGAGGUCCCAUGGGAUUGACAUCUUCCCUUAAAGGAGAUCUGGAGCUGAGCUGUGAGGUUUCUCCAGCCAGUGCUGCUGUUGUGUGGAGAAAGGAUCAGGUGGAGAUCACUGAGGACCAAAGAACUUGCAUCGUCUCCAAAGGGACGCAAAGGAAACUCAUCAUCAAGGCAGCCAAGAAAAGUGAUGAGGGACAUUACUCCUGUGAGACAGCAGCCGAUAAAGUCACAUUCCAGGUCAAGAUAAAAGAAACUCAAGCUGUAGCUGCCUUCUCAAACAAAGAGUCUGUCCAGAAGGAGGUGAAAGCAACUCUCUCCCAGAAAGCCACUCUGAGCUGCAACGUUUCGGAUAGUAAGACAGAGGUGAAAUGGUAUAAAGACGGCAAGUUGUUGAUAUCCAGCAAGGUGAUGUACUCAGAAACAAAAGGCAAUACUCGUCAGCUGGUGAUUGAAAAGGUGGACAAGAGCGAUGCUGGAGAGUAUACAUGUGAAGCUGGAGGGGAUAAGCUGGUCUUCAAGAUAGUCGUGUCAGAGGCCCAGUCUGCCUUCUCUAACAAGGAAUCAGUACAGAAGGAGGUGAAAGCCACUCUCUCCAAGAAUGCCACCCUGAGCUGUGAGGUAGCUGAUACCAAGACAGAGGUGAAAUGGUACAAGGAUGGCAAACUGCUCACUACCAGUAAGACAAUCCAUACUGAGACCAAAGGCAAGAGUCGCCAACUGGUGUUUGACAGCGUGGAGAAGAAAGAUGCUGGAGAGUACAUCUGUGAGGCUGGGACCGAGAAGCUUGCUUUCAAGAUGAAUUUGACAGAAAUCCAGUCAGCCUUCUUCAACAAGGAAUCAGUACGGAGGGAUGUGAAAGCCACCCUGUUCCAGAAAGCCUCUCUGAGCUGUGAGGUAGCUAAUACCAAGACAGAGGUGAAAUGGUACAAGGACGGCAAGCUGCUGACCACCAGUAAGACAAUCCAUACUGAGUCCAAAGGCAAGAGUCGUGAGCUGGUGAUCGACAGUGUGGAGAAGAAGGAUGCUGGAGAGUACAUCUGUGAAACCGGGACUGAGAAGCUGGUCUUUAAAAUUCAAGUGGAAGCACCUUCUACAGACAUCCAGGCUAAAUCCACUUUCCUCGACAAAGAGACUGUCCAAAAGGAAGUGAAAGCAACCCUCUCCCAGAAAGCCACAAUAAGCUGUGAGGUAGCUGAUAUCAGGGCAGAUGUAAAAUGGUACAAGGAUGGCAAACUGCUGAAUCCUAGCAGAGCAGUUCGCAUGGAAUCGAAGGGCAAGAUACGUCAGCUGGUGAUUGACAGUGUCGAGAAGAAAGAUGCUGGAGAAUACUUCUGUGAAGUUGGAUCUGAAAAAAUGUCAUUUAAAGUACAGGUGACAGAAAGCCAAGCCAAGUCAGCCCUAUCUAACAAGGAAUCGGUACAGAAGGAGGUGGAAGCCACACUCUCAAAGAAAGCCACUCUUAGCUGGGAGGUCUCUGAUUCCAAAGCAGAGGUGAAAUGGUACAAGGAUGGAAAGCUUCUCACGACUAGUAAGACAGUCCAUGCAGAGGCGAAAGGCAAGAGUCGUGAGCUGGUUAUUGACAGCGUAGAGAAGAAUGAUGCUGGAGAGUACAUCUGUGAGGCUGGGGUCGAGCAGUUGGCUUUUAAGAUUCAGGUGGCAGAAGCCCCAGCAGGCUUCUCCAACAAAGAGUCCGUCCAGAAGGAAGUGAAAGCCACUCUCUCCCAGAAAGCCACUCUGAGCUGUGAGGUUUCUGAUUCCAAGAUGGAGGUGAAGUGGUUCAAGGAUGGCAAACUGCUGACUUCUAGCAAAGCGGUCCACAUGGAAUCAAAGGGCAAGACUCGUGAACUGAUCAUAGAAAAAGUGGAGAAAAAAGAUACUGGAGAGUACACAUGUGAGGCUGGCUCUGAGAAGCUUGCAUUCAAGCUGCAGAUAACAGAUGCAGCUGUCAAGUUCCAGAAGAAACAUGUCAAGGACACAUGUGUUGUCCAAGCAUGUGAGAACAUAGUUUUGACCACUGAGCUGACGUCAGAGAGUGGCAGUGUGAAGUGGUUUAGAGAUGGUGUAGAGCUCAAGGAGGACAGCAAGUAUGAAAUGAAAAAAGAAGGCCUUUCUCGUACCCUGGUAGUGAAAUCCACAGAAUCCAGGGACAGUGGAUCAUAUUCCUGUCAAACUGCUGAUGACAAACUGGAGUUUAAAGUUCAAGUUAAAGAUGCAGCUUUGAAGUUUGUCGUCCAAAUGAAACCUGCUGCAGUGGAGUUGGGCGGUACACUUAGCCUUGUGUGUGAACUGAAUCAAGCGUCGGGGGAUGUUGUCUGGCGGUGUGAUGGUCGUGAGAUUAAACCUGGAGGCAGGCACUGUAUCAGGACAGAUGGCGUUAAGAGGGUUCUCACUGUGACUGGCAUGACCAAAGAAGAUGAAGGAGAAUAUUGCUGUGAAUGCAGAAGUGACAAAACCUCCGCAAAAAUCACCUCAAAGGCACCCAGAGUUGUGAGGCUCACCAACAAAUUGAACAAUGUGGCUGCAAUGGAGGGAAAGGAUGCCAUCUUCAAGUGUGCAGUCAACCCGGCUGAUGUCAACGUUAAAUGGUUCCACAACAGUUUACCUGUCACUGCUGGGCCAAAGUAUAAGAUUGAGCAAGGUGGGGGCAGUCACUCACUCACCGUCACCUCUGUUACCCCAAAAGAUGCUGGAGAGAUAAGCGUCGAUGCAGAGGGCAAAAUCUGCCAAGCUACUCUACAAGUGCAACAUGAGCCUGUGACCUUUAAGAAAAAGCUAGAAAACCUGACAGUGGAGGAGCAGAGUGAAGUCAAAUUGGAGGUGGAGCUCAGUAAGCCGUCAGAUGAAGUGAGGUGGAUGAAGAAUAGCGUAGUAGUGCAGCCUGCAGGAAACAUGGAGAUUCGCGUGAAUGGAGCUAAGCAGGCUCUGGUCUUUAAGAGUGUGGCUCAUGCUGACCGAGGCAUCUACUCCUGUGAAACCCUGGAUGACAAAACCCAGGCCAAACUCAGUGUGGAAAUGAAGAAGAUCAAGGUCAUCAAAGGCCUAACAGACACCAAGGCACAUGAAACAGAGACUGUAACUCUGGAGGUAGAACUCAACCAGGCCAAUGUUGAAGGCUCCUGGACUAGGGAUGGGGCCAAGUUAAAGUCAGGGGGAAACUGCCGAAUCACAGCUCUAGGAAAGAAGCAUGCCUUGACAUUUUCCAGUCUCAAGAAGGAGGAUGCAGGAACUAUUGUCUUCCAAGCUGAAGGAGUGCAUAUUUCAAGCAAAUUGUUGGUCACAGAACCCCCGGCUAUGAUUUCAAACCCCAUAACCGACGUCAGUGUUCCUGAGAAGGAGAAGGUUACUUUUGAAUGUGAAGUGUCUAGAACAAAUGCAGAUGUUAAAUGGUUCAAGAACGAUGUGGAACUCAAACUAGGGAAAAACAUUGGCAUCCAUUCCUUGGGCCGAAAGCGUUCUCUGGUCAUUAACAAAUGCACCCCUGAAGAUGCAGGCACCUACAUCUGUCGCACCAGUGAUGACAACACCUCUGCCAAACUCACCGUUCAUGCUAGAGAUGUUAAGAUUGUUAAGAAGCUGGAGGAUGUGGAGGUGAUGGAGAAGGAGAGUGCUGCUUUUGUCUGUGAAAUCUCACAUGAUGAAGUAGAAUGCCAGUGGUACAAAGGAAGUGCUAAACUCAAAGUUGGCGACAACAUCAAGAUGAGACAAGAGGGCAGAACCUAUGUACUGCUGUUUAGGUCCGUAACCCCAGAAGAUAUUGGUGAGAUAAAGUUCACAGCUGAAAAGACCUCUUCAACAGCUAAACUAAAAGUGAAAGAGCUGCCUGUCAAGUUUGUGAAGAAACUCAGGGAUAAGAUAGCGAUGUUUAAGCAUCGUGGUCAUCUUGAAUGCCAAGUGUCACGAGCCAAUGCAAAGGUGAAGUGGUACAAGAACAAGACUGAGAUCAAACACGGCAAGAAGUACGAGAUCAAGAGUGAAGAUGUGUACCGAAAACUCACCAUUAACGAUGUGGAUUCCGGGGAUGAAGAUACGUAUACCUGUGACGCCACUGAUGACAAGACAUCCUGUAAACUACUUGUGGAAGAGCAGUCCAUCAGCAUUAUAAGGGAGCUUAGUUCUGUAGAAGUGACAGAACCAUUUGCAGCUGUUUUCGAAGUUGAGAUCAGUAUGGAACUGGUAAAACCUCCAAUAUGGACUCUGAACGGAGUCCCCUUAAAGGAGAGCGUUGAUGUUGAAAUGGAGAAGGAGGGGACUUUGCAUCGUCUCACUUUGAAAAAGACCAAAGCAUCAAUGACAGGAACGGUGCAGUUUACAGCUGGGAAGAGCAAAUCCUCAGCCCAGCUCACGGUCAAAGAGCGUCCAUUGGAGAUUGCAGAGCCCAUCAAGGAUGUGAAGGCGAAGGAGAAAAGUUCAGCCAUACUCUCCUGCAAGUUCUCUGCCUCACCCAAAGAGGUUAGGUGGUUCAAAGACCAGGUACCUCUGGCAUCAUCAGAUAAGUAUAACAUGAAGCAAGAUGCUACAAGGGCCCAACUUACCAUUCAAAGGCUGACUGAGGAAGACAGUGGACAGUACAGCUGUCAGUCUGGACCUGCUGAGAGCAAAGGCACACUCACUGUGGAAGUGCGUGAAAUCAAGAUCAGCAAACACUUGGCUGACACAGAGGUUGAUGAAGACAGUGAUGCAGUGUUCACAUGUGAGAUAAACUAUGCAGACGAAGAGGUACAGUGGCUUCUGAAUGACAAGGUGCUCUUUACUAAUGAAGUGAACACUAUCAGUCAUGAUGGGAAGGUUCACAAACUCACCCUGAAGAACUUGGCGCCUCAGGACGGUGGAACAAUCACCUUCCAAGUCCGUAAGGUUAAAGAAUCAGUGACACUUAAAGUUAAAGAGAAGCGUGCCGUGUUCCUCAAGUCUCUAGAUGAUGUCAUUGGAGAGGAGAAAGGCAUGAUAACUCUGGCAUGUGAGGCGUCCAAGCCCAGGGUCUCACCCACAUGGAGAAAAGAAGGUAAAGUCUUGAAGGCUGGACCAAAAUAUGAGCUGCUUCACACAGGCAAGUCUUUGGGACUGAUCAUCAAGGAUGUCACCAAAGAAGACGCUGGGGAGUAUACCUGUGAUCUUGGAACUGAGGUUUCUAAAUCAAAGGUCACUGUUAGAGAGAUUGGCAUUGGAAUAACCAAAUGGCUGAAGUCUGCUGAGGUGAAUGAGGGAGAGGCCUGUAGCUUCGAGUGCAUCUUAUCUCGUGAAAGCACUGAUGAGUGUUCCUGGACUCUUAAUGGCAAAACUAUUAAAAAUGGCGAUCGCUUCAAAAUCACAAGCAAAGGACGCAAGUACAUGCUGACCAUAAAGGAUGUUACUGCUGCUGACGCCGGAGAGGUGGCCUUCAACCUUAAAGACCUGAGCUCCAAAACAACAUUAACAGUUGAAAGCAAAGCCUCAUCGGUGUCCAGAGCACUGCAAAAUGUGAGUGCUGUUCAAGAGGAGGAUGCAGUGUUUGUCUGUGAGGUAACACAGGCUAGUUCCACUGUAAAGUGGUCCAAGGAAGGCAAAGCCAUCAAAAAGAGCCAGAAGUAUGAGAUAAGCCAAGAGGACAAGGUCAUGAAACUGAUCAUCCAUAGUGUCUCUGCUCAAGACUCUGGAGAGUACAGUUGUGAAGUAGUUGGAGGGGCAACCACUAAAGCCAAACUUGAAAUCAAGGAGCCAAGCCACAAGUUCACUAAGGUGCUGAAGGACAGCCAAGCAGAGGAGAAGAGCUGUGUGACCUUGCAAUGCGAAACUGCACAAACUCCAUCCACUGUGGUAUGGCUGAAAGGUCACACAGAGCUCAAGGCUGGAGGUCGAUAUGAGAUGUCCCAGAAAGAGGGCGUCUUAACACUCACCAUCAAACAUCUGGAGGAGAAAGACACUGAUAUCUACACAUGUGACGUGGGCACUGCCAAGAGCAUGGCAAAGCUGACAGUCAAUGCCCUGCCGGCCAGUUUUAUUGAAAACCUCAAGAACCAGGAGAAAAAAGAAGGGGAGUCUCUGACUCUUUGCUGCAAGAUAUCUAAACCGUCCUCCAACAUUCAGUGGAAGAAAGGCUCUGAAAUUCUUACAGCUGGAGAGAAGUAUAGGAUAAAGCAGAGAGAGUCCUCCUGUGAGCUUCAGAUGAAGAACUUGAAGGUCGACGAUGGUGGGGAAUAUUUUUGCAUUUGUGGCGACCAGAAAACAUCUGCAACUUUGAAAGUCAAUGCGCUACCGCCAACUUUCAUACGGAAACUGGAGAGCCAGGACGCUGAAGAGGGAGCCAGCAUUACUCUGCGUUGUGACAUCUCUAAACCCGGUGUCCCUGUGGAGUGGAAGAAGGGAACAGAGGUACUGAGGUCUGGAGAAAAACACCAGAUAAAGCAGAAGGAAUCUGUGAAUGAACUCCUGAUCAGCAAAGUGGUGCCAGAAGACAGUGGAGACUACAGCUGUGUGUGUGGAGACCAAGAGACCACAGCUAGCCUUAAAGUCAAGGCCCAACCAGUGACCUUCAAACAGAAGCUGGAGAGUCAGGAGGCUGAGGAGGGAGCCAGCAUUACUCUGCGUUGUGAGCUCUCUAAACCUGGAGUCUCCGUGGAGUGGAAGAAGGGGACACAGGUCCUGAAGUCUGGAGAAAAAUAUCAGAUGAAGCAACAGGCCUCUAUGAAUGAACUCCUGAUCAACAAAGCGGUGCCAGACGACAGUGGAGACUACAGCUGUGUUUAUGGAGACCAGAAGACUACAGCUAGCCUUAAAGUCAAGGCCCAACCAGUGACCUUCAAACAGAAGCUGGAGAGUCAGGAGGCUGAGGAGGGAGCCAGCAUUACUCUGCGUUGUGAGCUCUCUAAACCUGGAGUCUCUGUGGAGUGGAAGAAGGGGACACAGGUCCUGAAAGCUGGAGGGAAAUAUCAGAUGAAGCAACAGGCCUCUGUGAAUGAACUCCUGAUCAGCAAAGUGGUGCCAGACGACAGUGGAGACUACAGCUGUCUGUGUGGAGACCAGAAGACUACAGCUAGCCUUAAAGUCAAGGCCCAACCAGUGACCUUCAAACAGAAGCUGGAGAGUCAGGAGGCUGAGGAGGGAGCCAGCAUUACUCUGCGUUGUGAGCUCUCUAAACCUGGAGUCUCCGUGGAGUGGAAGAAGGGGACACAGGUCCUGAAGUCUGGAGAAAAAUAUCAAAUGAAGCAACAGGCCUCUGUGAAUGAACUCCUGAUCAACAAAGUGUUGCCAGACGACAGUGGAGACUACAGCUGUGUAUUUGGAGACCAGAAGACUACAGCUAGCCUUAAAGUCAAGGCCCAACCAGUGACCUUCAAACAGAAGCUGGAGAGUCAGGAGGCUGAGGAGGGAGCCAGCAUUACUCUGCGUUGUGAGCUCUCUAAACCUGGAGUCUCUGUGGAGUGGAAGAAGGGGACACAGGUCCUGAAGUCUGGAGAAAAAUAUCAGAUGAAGCAACAGGCCUCUGUGAAUGAACUCCUGAUCAGCAAAGCGGUGCCAGACGACAGUGGAGACUACAGCUGUGUUUAUGGAGACCAGAAGACUACAUCUAGCCUUAAAUCCUCUGCUACUCCGUCGAGUGCUAAACUGGAAUCGAAAAGGCAGGAAACCAAAGAGACAAUGGGAGCCAAGACACCUGAAGCUCCGCCCCUAGCUGCUAAAGACAAGCACAAGAAGCAAGAGAUAAAUGAGACCGUCAAAGCUGUUGAGCUUCAAACUACUGGACAGAGCCAUAAACAGCAGCUCCUCAAACAGGAGGUUGAGAGGGACUCACAGGAGCUCAAAGUCAGAACUGAAGUUGAAAAUACUAGUGCUGGAUUAGAUGUAAAACAAGACACACAGAGGCAGGGGACCAGGAAGCCAGAAGAAGCCCAGCCAGCCUUUUUCAAAGCUCAGCUGCAGAACCUAAAAAGACAGGCAGGAGAGAGUGUUAGUCUUCGCUGUGAGACCACAAAGCCGGGAGCCCGUGUGGUCUGGAGGCGCAGUGACAGGGUGCUGGUAUCGAGCAGCAAAUAUCAUCUCAAACAGGAAGGAACCGUAGUCAAGCUUGUAAUCUAUAAUCUGAAGGGAACGGACUCAGGAGAAUACUCCUGUGAUACAGGCAGCCAGAGGACCUCUGCUGUCCUCACUGUACAGGAGGUGGAGGUUUCCAUUGAAAAAUUCUUGGAGAGCUGCGUUGUGUACGAGGGUGAAGAUGUCCACUUCCAAUGUGUGGUCUCUCAUGAAGAGGCGCCCAUGGCCCAGUGGAAACUCCAGGAUGUCCCGCUACAGAAUAAUGAAAUGAACCUGAUCAAGACCAAGGGCUGUGUGCACAGCCUCACACUCCGAGGUGUCACUACAGCCGAUUCAGGAACAGUGACUUUCACAGUGGGUAACAAUACUUCCACUGCGUCUCUGACAAUCAGAGCCGCACCUGUAUUGUUCAAGAAGGAGCUGGAAAGUCAAGAGGCCACUGAUGGAGACAAGGCCGUGCUGUCCUGUGAAACAUCCAAACCUGACUGCAAGGUGACAUGGCUCAAGGGCUCUACUGUGCUCACCCAUGGGGAGAAGUACAACAUAGAGCAGAAGGAUACCACGCACACACUGGUCAUACACAAGCUGGAUGUGAAGGAUAGUGGAGAAUAUACCUGUGACACGGGGGACAAGAGAAGUACUGCGUCCCUGACUGUGAAAGAACAUGUGCGCAUCAUCAAAGAACUCCGGGACAUUACUGUGGCCUCAGGGCAGGAUGCUGUCUUUGAGGUUGAGUUGUCACACUCAGGCGUGACAAACUGGGAGUGGUGGCUUGGAGACAACCUCCUCCAAAAUAAUGACCUGAAUCAAAUGAGCAGCCAUGGCACAGUGCAGCGUUUGGCACUGAAGAUGGUAACCACGGAUGAAUCAGGCGAUGUUGCCUUCGUAAUGGGAGAAGAAAAGAGUGUGGCCUGUCUGCUGGUGGAGGAGAAACCCAAAGUGCUAAUACUAGAGAAGCCACACAACACUGUGGCAUUAGAGGGGGAAACUGUCACUCUGGCCUGCACCAUCUCCGACGCAAAGGCCACUGUCACCUGGAUGAGAAACAACACGGCCAUCCAAGCAGGUCUCAAGUACGACCUGAAGAACAAUGGAGCAUUCCACCAACUCCGUAUCCACAACCUGCAGCCUGAGGACUCAGGGACGUACACCUGUGACACAGGAGAUGCACAGUGUGAUGUCACCUUGACUGUGGAAGGUGCCCCAGCAUUUUUCCAUAAAGAGCUUAAGAACCAGGAUGCGGUAGAGGGUGAUGCUGUUACCCUGCACUGCGAGCUGUCUAAGCCUGGUGUUCGGGUUGAGUGGAGAAAAGGAGGCAUGGUCCUCCAGCCCAGUAAGAAGUAUGAGAUGAAGCAGGAAGGGUGCGUUGAAGAGCUUUGUAUACGGAAUCUGGAGCCCGAAGACAGUGGCUACUAUACCUGCGAUGCAGGAGACCAGCUUACUACAGCUUCUUUGGCAGUGCAAGUUAAAGAAGUCGUCAUUGUGUGUGGUCUAAAGACCACCGAUGUCUUUGUUGGGGAAUGGGCCACCUUCUCAUGCCAGCUGUCUGGUAGGGCACCUGGCAAAGUGCAGUGGUGGCUUGAUGGCACCUUGAUGAAAAACGGCCCCUCUUGUGAGAUAGGGCUGAGCCAGGGCCACAUCCACAACCUCAUAUUAAAGAACCUGGCCACAGAUGACUCUGGCACUGUCAUGUUCAAAGCUGGCAGUUUAACAUCAACAGCCAAGCUGUUAGUCAAAGAUCCCACAGUUGAAGUGGUGAACGAGAUGGAGGACCUUUGGGUGGUCGAAAACCAACCGGCUGAGUUCAUCUGCCAGUUCUCAAGGCCGGUCAAGGCUCAGUGGAAGAAAGACGGGCAGCCAUUGCAGCCUGACGGCCGAAGGGUGAUAGUGGAGCAGGACUGGAGUGUGGCUCGCUUGUACAUUAGCCUCGUGUCAGCUGAGGACAGGGGCACAUACUCCUGUGAGGCACAGGGGACCUGUGUGGUCGCUUCACUUCAUGUGGAAGCCAAACCCAUUGACAUUGUGCAGGGCCUGGAGAAUGCAGAGACCUUUGAUGGAGGUGAAGCGUUGUUUGAGUGUGCCCUCUCUCGUCCUGAGAGCAAAGAUUGUCGCUGGAUGCUUGAUGGGAAACCAGUGAAGGAAUCCCCUAAUGCAGAGAUUGUUACAUUUGAGAGUGGCCGCCGUCAUCUGCUUCUGCUUAAAGAAUUGCGAAUUAAAGAUAGUUGUACGGUGACCUUCAAAGCUGGUUCAGCAUCCACAUCUGCUCAGCUCUCUGUAAAAGGCUGGCAGCUGGAUGUUGUGAAGGGUCUGGAGGACAAGGUGGCUGCAGUGGGAGAGAAGGUUGAGUUUUGUGUUGAGCUCAACGAGCCGAUCCCUGUGGCCGAAGUAGCCUGGUACACUAAUGGAGUUGAGCUUAAGCCCAGUGACCUCUGGGCUAUGAGGGCUGACGGCUGUUCAUACCGCCUUGUCCUGAGAAAGGCACCUCUUUUGCCACAACAGGAAAUCACAUUUGCUGCUAGAGAUGCUCUCUCUUUGGCUAAGCUCACUAUCAUCACUAUACCCGACCCUCCCGAGGACCCAGAGGUCCUCAGUAAGACCAAACAGUCAGUUACUCUGUCUUGGUUCACACCUCUGCAUGAUGGAGGCAGUCCCAUUCUGGGCUACAGGGUUGAGAUGCGGCUAGUUGACAGUGCCCUUUGGCUGCCAUGUCAUUCUGAACCUGUGUGCAACACAGAGUUUGUGGUUGAAAAUCUAACCCCAGGGAGUGGCUACAGGUUUAGAGUGGCGGCAAUCAACAGAGGCGGGACUGGAGAGCCUGUUGAGUUGCCUCAGACUGUGCAGCUUGAGCCAGCCACACCGCCGAUCAUCAGCCCAGGUAUUGAGACUGAAAUACUGGGGCAGCCAAAUCUGCCUCCAGAAGCUGCAGAUGAAGGGGAUCUCCAUGAGCUGUGGGAGGAAUCUGCCAAGAAACGACGCAUGAGCAGAGAGCCUACCCUGGACUCUAUCUCAGAACAACCUGAGGAGGACGGUAAAGGUGGUCGAAAGAAAUCAGAACAGAAGGAUUUGAAGGAGCCCGAGAAAGUGGAAGUAAAGUCAGUCGAAAAGGUGCAGGCCAGUGUGCCUAAGAAGCAGACAGAGUCCACCUUGAUCACCAGCUCUGAGGAUGAGUCUGUUUCAGGGGGUUCAACACUUGUGUCCUACCUCAAGAAAAGCAGCAAGACAUCUGUCACAGCAGUCAAUGAGUCAGAGACUAUGACCACUGAGAGGUUCUUUGCACACUUCCAGAUGGCGGAGCAGAGAACAGUUCAGCAGACUGAGAUUAAAGCAACCGCAGUUCAGGAGACAGAUAUUAAACAGGUGUCUUCAGAGGAGACUAACAUCAUAGAGAUCAGUAAAGAGGAUGAGCCUGAGCUUAGAGAGGCUGCCAUUAAGAUUCAAGCUGCAUUCAAGGGCUACAAAACCCGCAGAGAAAUGCGCCCUGUUUUUAAAGAUGUCUUCAAAGACCAGACCAAAGAACCUGGUGGCACCAUCCAUCUAGAAUGUAUGGCAGAAGGGAAACCUGAUACGGUGCAGUGGCUGAAGGAUGGAGAACCACUGACUGAUGGAAAGCACCACCACAUUGAUAUCUACAAUGAUGGCACUUGCUCGCUUGUUAUCACUGCUAUCACUACAAAGGAUACCGGGGUUUAUACUUGUGAGGUCACCAACAAGUUUGGAGUCACUUCUCACAGUGGUAAGGUCACCGUGGGAACAGCGAGAGAAUCAUCUGGGCGCCGGCCACUGACAGUGGGCUACAGUGCAGACAGCGAGGCCGAGAGCUCCUCAGGUAGUGAGAUGGAUGAGUCUCUGAGGCAGGCAAGCAGACGUCUCCGGCGCCUGCUGCGCACACGUCUCCCACCAGAUGUUGAGGAGGAACCAUUUGUCAGUGCAGAUGAAGGAGACUUGCGUACACCAGACCCUCACUCUUAUAGAGAGGAUGACACUUACAUCUACAUUCGCUUUGACUCGUGGGGAGAUGCUGAGGUUGCCUCAAAGAGGUUUAAGGAGAUGUUUACAAUCCAUGGGGUUCCUGUGGAGACCACCUUCCUUGAGGCGGGGCCUCUCAAAGUGGAGCUGAGAAUCAGAAAGAUGGGCUACACACAAGAUGGCACGCAGACCCCCACACAAGACAGACAGCCCCCUGCAUUGCUUACUGGAGGUGCAGCCGCCCCAGUCUUCUUAACAGAGUUACAAAGUCAGGAUGUUCCAGACGGGUAUCCCGUUAGCUUUGACUGCGUUGUGAUUGGAAAGCCCCCUCCAACUGUCCGCUGGUACAAGGAUGGCAAAUUGCUGGAGGAGAAUGACCAUUACAUGAUCAACGAAGAUCAGGAGGGCUGCCACCAACUUAUCAUUACCACUGUGCUGCCCACUGAUAUGGGCGUCUAUCGCUGCACUGCGGAAAACAGCAGCGGCAUCGCAGCCACAAAGGCUGAACUCAGGGUUGACAUGUCUUGCAGCUCUGAUUAUGACACUGCUGCUGAUGCCACUGAGACAUCUUCCUAUGUCAGUGCCAAGGGCUACAUGUCCAGGGAAACUGAGACAUUUGAGUCUGUCGCUGAAGACGAUCAGCUACCUCAAAUAGUGGAAGAGCUUCAUGAUGUUCAUGUGUGUCCCGGUUCACCUAUUGCUAAGAUGCAGCUAAAAGUAAAGGGCUUCCCCAAACCCAGAGUAUACUGGUUCAAAGAUAGCCACCCUCUGCGACCUUCUAAAAGGAUUAUGUUGCUGGCAGAGAGAGAUGUUCACGGUGUAGAGAUCCUGGAGGUGAAGAAAGAUGAUAUGGGGGAGUAUUCUGCUUACAUCAGCAAUGCAGCUGGUUCAGCUUACUCCUCGGCCCGGCUCAUGGUUCUGCGUCCUGGAGAGAUCAUGCCUCAAGAUAAAAGAGACCCCAAGGAGCCCUUGGUGCCACCCCGCUUUGUUGAAAGGUUCAGCAACAGGAAGGUGAAACAAGGGGCUAGCAUUACCCUCUCUGUCAAAGUAGAAGGGUCUCCCACUCCUAUGGUGUCCUGGCUAAAGGAGGAAUCAAUGGAAGAUGUUCUGUGGAUCAAACCUGAGACAAAGGGAUACAAGAUAGCAAGCUCAGGGCGCCAGCAUAGCCUCAUCCUGAUGGAUGUGGGCAUAGAAUACACCGGUGCCUACACCUGUAUCGCCACAAACAGGGCAGGACAGUCCAUCUUCACUGCCCCUGAGGUUGAGGACACACAACAACCAAAGAAAGAGACCAAACCCUCAGAGAUUCUUGGGAUCACAGUUAGUCCUCCAGAAGAGGAGACUAGCAGAGGAAAAGAGGGUAAAAUACCCUUCUUAGGUGAAGUAGGUACAGAGGAAUUCCUCAUGAAACUCACCUCCCAGAUCACUGAGAUGGUAUCAGCGAAGAUUACCCAAGACAGCUUACAGAAUCAUGAAGUGCUCCAGUGGAUGAAAUCUUGGCCCAAAACUACCACUUCCUUACGUGUGCCAGGCGCUGACAGUGAUGAUGAGACCAAGACCCCAACUGCUUCACCUCAUCACGGCCGCUCUCGUCCUCCCUCCCUCAUCGCUGACUCGUCCUCUGAGUCUGAUGAAGGAGAUGCACGGGGAGAGAUGUUCGACAUCUAUGUGGCGACAGCAGACUACAACCCAACCAUAGCAAGCAAAGAAUCCAUUUCUCUAAAGGAGGGACAGUAUGUGGAGGUUCUGGACUCAGCUCAUCCACUCAAAUGGUUAGUUCGGACAAAACCUACCAAAACUACACCAUCCCGCCAAGGCUGGGUCUCACCUGCCUACCUGGACAAGAAGCUCAAACUCUCAGCUGAUACAAGUGACCUUCCAGAGACGAGUGUAGAGGAAGUUACUGAGGGAGAAUACAAGAGGAAACUAUUCCAACUGAUCCAAGACCUGAUAAACAGUGAAUCAGAGUUUGUGAAAGAGAUAGACUUCUUCACCUCCCAUCACCUGAAGCAUGCAGAGAGCCCCGAUGCUCCUCCUGAUGUCAGCAGCCAGAAGGACACCAUAUUCAGGAACAUUGAUGAUAUCAAGUCCUUCCAUAGCAAGGCAUUCCUUCCAAAGCUAUCCGACUGUGACACUGACGAUGAUGUGGCCAUGUGCUUCCUAAAGAACAAGGAGGGCUUUGAGAAGUACCUCCAGUAUCUUGUUGGUCAGAGUCUGGCUGAAUCUUCUGUCAGUGAUAAAACUGUCCACCGCUUCUUCAAGGAGUACACUGAUAAAGUCCAAGCCAAUGCAGACCCUGCAGAUCCCCCUGUACGCAGCAUCAACGCCGGCCUCCAACAACCACUGGACAGGAUUCAGAAGUACAAGGCAAUCCUCAAGGAGCUCAUUCGAAACAAGGCAAAAAAUGGCCAGAACUGCUGCCUAUUGGAAGAAGCAUAUGCCAUGGUGUCUUCACUCCCUCAGCGCUCUGAGAAUACACACCAUGUGACCAUGAUCGAAAACUACCCUGCCACACUGGAAGUAUUGGGAGAGCCAAUUAGACAGGGACCCUUCCAAGUGUGGGAAGGGGCUCCAGGAAUCAGGUCAUCCUCUAGAGGUCACCACCGCCACCUAUUCCUAUUUAAGAACUACUGCAUCAUCUGCAAACCAAAGAGAGACAGCAACACUGACACACAAGCAUACGUCUUUAAGAACAUGAUGAAGUUAAAUAACAUUGAUGUGAAUGAGACGGUGGAGGGUGACGACCGAGCCUUUGAGAUCUGGCAUGAACGUGAGGACUCUGUGAGGAAAUAUACCCUGCAGGCCCGGACUGUUACCAUCAAGAACUCGUGGCUGAGGGACUUCAGAGAGCUGCAGCAGCGAUACAGCAUGCCUGCAUGGAGUCCUCCUGACUUUGAUGAAAUUCUGGCAAACUGCACAGCUGAGCUGGGGCAGACUGUUAAGCUGGCCUGCAAAGCCACUGGAGUACCAAAACCUACAAUCACGUGGUACAAGGACGGACGAGCUGUGGAGGCGGAUCCUCAUCACAUUAUCAUCGAGGACCCUGAUGGUUCCUGCACACUGAUCCUGGAUAACAUGACAGCAGAUGAUUCUGGCCAGUACAUGUGCUUUGCCUCAAGCUCAGCCGGCAAUGCAAGCACUCUUGGCAAGAUCACAGUUCAGGUGCCUCCUCGUUUUGUGAAUAAAAUGAGGAAUGCUACAUUCGUUGCUGGCGAGGACGCCCAGUUUACCUGCGUCAUACAAAGCGCCCCAAGCCCCAAGAUCAGGUGGUUCAAGGACAGCAGGCUGCUGACUGACCAGGAAAAGUAUCAGACCUACAGCGAACUCCGGAGUGGGGUUCUGGUCUUGGUGAUAAAAAACCUGACAGAAAGAGACCUGGGACACUAUGAGUGUGAGUUGUCCAACCGCCUCGGAAGUGCCAAGUGUGCAGCUGAUUUACUUCUCCCCUCUGCUGUGGCUCGGACCGGUGAGCAGGCCAUCACUAUCGAAGUUACUGAGCAGGAGACGAGAAUACCAAAGAAAACCAUCAUAAUUGAGGAGACUAUAACCACUGUGGUGAAGAACCCGCGGAUGAGGAGGCACAGGUCUCCUGGCUUGACUCUUGCUGGUGCCCAUCGCUCAGAGACAUCCACCCCAGAGCCCCCUGCAUCCAGGCAGAGGAGGAUGCCCACCACCAGAAAGACCACCAUCCCGACCGUAUAUGUUACUGAAGCACAGGGUGCUGAAGCCAGAGUCAUGGAGAGCAAGCCCCGGUGGGUGGAGGUCGAGGAGGUCAUCGAAUAUAAAGUCAAUAAGUCCCCUAGGCUGCCAAGGAGGAGAAACAUCUCACCUGCAGGGUCCGAUCGUUCAGCCACUCUGUCCAGAACAAAACGGUAUCCCCCUGAAAACCCGAAUGCCAACAACUCAAACAACAAGCUGGUAGAGCAGGUGCAGACCCAGCUGCAGGGAGACGUCAGCAGCCACCAGCUCUCCUGGGAAGACGAGGAGGGUCAUGUGACCUCUGACCCUGUCCCUGAAGAGCCACAUGAGCUCUCCUCAGUCCUCGCUGCUGAUGGAGAUGACAGCGAAGACCAGGAUGAUCAAGAGACUGUCAUCUUUGUUCCAGAUGAAGACGAUGAUGAUCAAUGCUCAACCAGAAAGCAGGAGUCUAAGAUGCUGACACAAGGAGGACACGUUCUGACCCUUGAAGACUUGGAGGAUUAUGUUCCAGAGGAAGGAGAGACCUAUGGCUCCUCCAGCACCCACCUCCCUCCUGCUGAAAAGCCCUGUGAGAUCUCCGUGCUGCAGAGGGAGAUCGGCGGCUCCACGGUGGGACAGCCGGUGCUCCUUAAUGUCGGGAGCCCCGUCUCAGUCCAGAGGCAGAGGAGCGGCUUCUUUGGCCGCUUCAGGGAGCAUCUCUCCAGCAGCCUCUUCUCAGCUGCAGCCCCACAAGCCAGCGGAGUCCAGUCCAGGGUGGAAAGGCAUGUCCCCAUCCAGGUGAGCCACGCCAAGAUGGAGGUGAAGCCUUCAUAUUGCUCAGAGGUGCAGAGAGUCGAAGGGGGGAAGCAAAGCUUUAAAACCAAAGUGUCGACUCAGACCUACGGCUACACAUCGGUGGGAAACUCUGUCAAUAUUCAGAUAGGUCAAAAGAAAUAGUAGCUAAAUAUUUCAGUUUGACACCACAAACCCUUUUAGUCUUAAAUAGGGACGUCUCUGCUUAGAAGAAUAACACAUAUCCUAACCUGACGUGUAGUUACUACAUCUGACAGACCAUUCCCUUUUGAAGCUGCACAUCAGAGAACUUCCUCUGAGUCUUUUCUUGAUCAGUCAGGUGGUCUUUGCAAACAAGGCUAGUAGGUAAUGUAGUUUAAACUUUCUCACUGUAGGCAAAUUAAGCCCCAACAAGUAACAGGUUUAUGACAUAUGCAGUCUGUCGUACUGAUCGACAAUCUCUACUUAUGAUUUUGAAUUCAAUUUCAAGAGUUUUUUUUUUUUUUACAUACUCUACCAAAGCAUACACCGUGAUCUGAGGAUAUGAAUUGAUCCAGGUGUUAGAUUUAGUGAUGAAUCGUUCAGCAUUGGUCAUGUACUGUAUUAAGGUACAUACAUUUAAUGCUUUUACUUUUAUACCUUUCAAAAAAUGUUGCCUACGACACUGAUGCAGUGCCUUGGUUAACAGGAGCAUCAAUGCAGUUAAAGAAAUCAUGUCUACUUGUUAAGAGUUAAAUGAAGUGUGCAACACUGAUAAUGUCACAUUCACAGCAGACCUUUGGAGACCACUGUGGUCCUUGGACUGUUACAAGUUUAUUCAAGGUGUAUGGUGUAAUUAGAGUACCUUCCACAAAAUAAGACUCUACUUCUGGUGUCACUUGGUUUGUUGUGAAAGAUGGUUUGAGCAGCUUGUGAAAAAAAAGUAGUAGUAGUAGAAAUGGAAACCAUUUUCACAUCAAAUAACGCUACGCGAUGCAUUAACAUGAUUUAUUGUUGUGAAGCAAAAUAUCCUCCAUCGAUUGUGAAGUGAAUGUUUGCUUGUCUUUGACGUUACUGUCUGCUUAUGCAGUGAAUUUACAGAAUCUCACAGAUAGAUUUACAUGUAAGUGAUAGAUGUUUAGAUGAGUGAUUGCAUGUGUUUGCUUCUCCAAAGCAGAUUGUUUAUCCAGAGUAACCAGAUUUAUAUCGUAUUUAACCGCAAAUAAAUAUUUGUGCGUGUGACUGUACUCGAGCUGACACAAUGUACCGUACUACCUUUUCAAUGCAGUUGAAUAAGAAGCGUAUGAAUAAGUGCCCUUUGUUGGAGUUUGUGUUGUUUUACAGAGUCUGUUAGUUACAAGAAUCAUAUCAAGUAUGAAACAUGUAAGCACUAACACAUUGUAACUGCUUUUACUGUACAUGUGUUG